AUGGAGGCAGCUCGCCUCAAGCUGGCCUGCAUCAUUGCCACCUUGAUCGCUACGCAGAGCAUUGCUGCUGGGAGCGCCGCGGCCAGCCAAGCUAUCCAGCUGCUCUACUGGACCGUUCAGCGGAUGUCACAAACCUCUACACUUCGAAGCCUCGAUGCGCCUAAGCUACUAACACAGAUACUGAGCUUUCUCGAGUGUUCCGAGUGUUGCGAGGACCCCGAGAACUUCGUGAUGCUCGGCGAUACCGCUCUGCUUUUCUUUGACAUUUCAGAAGAUUACAUUGCACACAACCUUUUCGACCGGUGUUUAGAUGUCUACAGAUCGGCUGUGGAGUCUAUCUGUCGGCUGAAAGAAGAAGAGCGGCUAGAGGAAGCCGACAGUGUCGCUUCGCUCUCAAUAAGACUGCUGCAUGGUCUACAUCGCGCAUCCACAGCAACACACUUCACUGCUAGUAACGGCUUCUCCGGGCCUGUCAUUCGACGUCUCCUCGAUUGGCUCGACAGAGAUGAAAGACCCUUGCAGAUGUGUGCUUGUAUCAUGCUUGGCAACUACGCGGUAGAAAACCGUAUAUGCGAGGAGAUGGUACAAGCUGGUGUGGACGCGAAAGUGGUCCGCAUACUGAGGGAGACAAGAGACAGCGACGAAACCCUCCAUGCAGCCGCCGGCUUUCUCGGACAUUUGGCCAUACCGGCCAAAAACAAGGAAAAGCUGGGCUACGGUGGAGUCAUCGAAGAAGCAUGUUUUCUCCUUUCCUCCCCAGUGCCUCGGCUUCAACGCGACGGAGCAUAUCUCUUGAGACUGCUGCUCAACCGCUGCCUCCCAAACGUCCACCACGUCGUCGACAAGCGGCCGGCGGGUUCGUUAGAGUCAACCUCCGAAGCAGCACCGCUCUUGGACGAUCUUCUUCUGGCCUCCUCCACCAUCGGCCCGGCCUCAAUCGAUGCAUCAAGAGCCAUAUUUCAUAUCCUCAGAGGGUUGCAUCUUCUUGGAGCUGACCACGAGCGGCUCGCCACUCUCUACAAGUCGCAGAUCAUGAUCAGUCCGCUUUUGAACCUACUUCGACAGAAAGAGGAUCCAGCGGUACGCUCGGAAGGCCUGCUCGGGCUGGCACUCAUGGCGCAAACACAGCCAGGAGCGCUUUGCGCGCUGGAGGCGUUGAAGGACAACGCCAACCUUAACUUGAUAAUGUUGCGCGAGGACAACCCAAGUCACCAUGGUGGAGACAAGGCGAAUACGCUCUUCUUAAUACAUGGGCUGCUCCAGAACGUUGUGGAUAUGGACUCGGAUCUGCGGGGGAAGCUGACGGAUAUGUUUCAGGAUCUUUCGCGCGAGCGCAGCGACGUGUUGUAA